GCGCAUGUCGUAUUCGUCAUUCAUCUUCACUUUGGCCGACAUCUCGGAUAUAUCUGUUAAACUAAAAUCUGCAAAUUUUUGCCUUUGGGAUUUACAAUUUACUAAAAAAUGCCUAACCAAGUGUUAAUUAUAGAGCCGCAAAAUGAACUUAAGUUCAAAGUUGACUUUGCAGGAUUGUUCGAGCUGGGUCACACCACCUACAUGCAGUUGACGAACCCCUCUGAACAUACUGUUUUGUUCAAAAUCAAGACAACAGCUCCAAAAAAGUACUGUGUUCGUCCUAAUUCUGGAGUGCUGAGUGCGAAUUCCAAAGUUGACAUAGCCAUAACACCUCAGCCUGUUCAUGUUGACAAUACUGAGAAACAUAAACACAAGUUUAUGGUGCAAAGUGUGAUUGCCCCAGAAGGGAAGACUAACAUUGACCAAGUGUGGAAGGAGAUCAGCCCAGAUCAACUUAUGGACUACAAACUGAAGUGCGUUUUUGAGACGCCGCGAGGUGCCAAUUUGAAUGAUUCUGGUGACACCGCGCCGCCAGCUGAAAUCGCCAAAAAGAGGGCGCCCGUGGAAGACGCCAAGUUAUUAACAAAGGAUGCCGAAGGUCCAACCCAGAAUGAAGCUAAGAGGAAGGACGAUGAACACACGCCGGUAUCUCCCAAUGCGAAGACGACAUCUUUCCCAAAAUCUGAAAAUCUCGAAAGCGAUUUGCAAAAGGCGACGAACGAAGUCAUUCAUUUGCGAGAGGAGGAAAGCAAAUUAAGACAUGAAAAUCUUCGGUUAAAAGAAGAACUGCUCCGCGUCCACCAGGGCGGCGAAUCUCGCAUGCCGCGCGGCCACUCGUACGGGCCGGAGAAGACUGAGCAGAUAGCGCUGAUGCCGUGGAUCGCCACUGCGAUCGGCAUGGCGCUGCUCGGUAUAAUCAUCGGCAAGUUCCUCAUGUGAAUGCUGCCUCACACGAUGCUGCGGUGAUGCGACGCCACCCUCACAGAUGCCGCUGUUACAACACUCCCAACGCAUCCCCCACAUAAGGCAGCUUAAACAUUUUUAUUACUAGCCACUUCUACAAAAUUUUAACGUUCGUGAAUGCGUCGUCAUAACCAUCGCUCGGUUGUUGAGUCUGUUUCGGUUGUACAACAUUUCAGUAGUUUCAUUCUAUUGUGUUUCAUUACAUCGGCUGUAUAAAAUUUUAAUAUGUAUCAUUCAAAUAGUUUCAUAAUUGUAUGUGACUAACGACUUUUUAUAUAAUCGGCAUAGUUAAAUAGUUUCUGAUUUUAUCGAAUCUUUAAUCCAUUCGAACUCCCGUUGCUGAACUGAAACAAGACUCGUGUAAGCCCAGCCCUAGUCAGAUACUCAUUCUGCGAUCAUUGUAAGUUGAACUCUUAUCAACUUCAAUUGUGAAUUAAAACUGUAAUUGUGAAUAGAGAUAUAGUUUGUGAGUAUUCAACAAAAUGCACUACAUAUAUGAGUUUUACUACUCUCUAGUUACACUCUCGAGGACAAAAUUAGUUCAAGAAAGAGCUAUCAAUCUCUAUUUGUAUGACAUGAGUAUCUCCUAGUUUACGAUUAUGACGUUGCCUAAUUCACGUUACUAUAUGAUAGAAUGUGUUAUUUAGUUUAUUGGAACCAUAGGGUACAUGACUUGCGAAAAUGUCACACUAUUUAAAGUAAUAAUAAAAUAAUGAGAAAUGGCGUUCAAUAUAUUCUCGGUCUCGGAUGUUAUGUUACAAAAAUGUAUUUUAUGAAACUUUUAAUUUAAUUUUGAUUUAUGAAUGCUUCUACGAUAAGAGGUUUUAAGCGGCUAAGGAUAAAAGUUGGAGAUCUUUCAUAAAACCUUUAUAUUGUGUUUUUAGUCCCAUUUACGUAUCUACUUAUUCACGUAAGGGCAAGUCACAAACAAAUACAUAUAUUUUUUAUUAUUUCGAACACCAGAGUAAAGACACAUCAAAAUCAAUAUAAAACACUAAAAUAAUGAAUAUAAUGAGUAAAAUUUACUUUUAUUAAACAUUGUUCUUAAUAUAUAACCAGACUACCUUUUUUAUUAGACUUAUAUUAAUCAUUAAUCAAACUACAGCGUUAUUUUAACCUUUUUGAAACAAGAGUGUCUGCAAAACUGAACUGCCAUGUGAACGUAGCGUCUAGUUUUGCAGGAUACAGUAAAAAGCUGAUCCUGCAAAAAUGGGCUGCAGUGUGGAAUGGGCGUUAGUGAUCUCUUUUACUCACCAAGAGAUAGAUAGAGAUAGACGAUAAGAUGGCAGCACUUUUGAUUAGUACCGAUUUUGGCCACGCGCAAACUUAUCAUGCGCGCACUAUAUCUCUCUUUGUACACAUUUUUAUAAAACUGUAAGUCUUUGCUUACGCUCUCUUUUUUCCAAUCUUUCAUGCUUUACGAUGCUCUCUAGCAAUCUUUCAUGACUUCUUUUUUUUUUAAAAUAUUCCAUUUCAGUAUCUUGACAGGAGAAAUAUGAAAUGUGUUAUCUAUUAAACAAACUUUAGUUUAGCAAUUGAUAUGAAAAAGGCAAAGAGACAGGCCACGGUAGAGACUUUUUGACUUUGCAAAGAAUUUUAGAAAAAUGUACUUUAAAUAGGCAUUCAUUUCUUAUGUUAUUUAAUAAAUUUACAUGAUGUGAUUAAUUGUAAAUAAAUAAAUUAAUUAAACAAAUAAAAAACCCGACUGCUUAAAGUAUAAAAAACUGAAAAGAAAUAAAACAAGCUCAGUCCAGAAGUGUAGAAAGCAAUUAGAAAACAGUCGGGACCUUAGAUAUUGGAUAGAAUGAUUUUCUUCUACAUUAUUUAAUAGGUCCCGACUGUUUUCUAAUUGCUUUCUACACUUCUGGACUGAGCUUGUUUUAUUUCUUUUCAGUUUUUUUAUACUUUAAGCAGUCGGGUUUUUUUAUUUGUUUAAUUAAUUUAUUUAUUUCACACUUUUUAGUUACGAUAAAUUUCGGAUGUAUUUGUUACAUUUAUUACAAAAUACGAUAAUUUAUACGUCCAACCGAGGUUAAACAAAUAUUCAAAAAAAUCUACGGAACGCUCGGCUCGGACUCGCACUUAGCCGAUUAUUUAAUUUAGUCGAUUUUAUAACUUCACUUCACAAACCUGCUUGCACCUUUAGUCAUCCGCCUCGCGUAUUUUGACAACUAAUAAAUAACGUUUUUCUUAUUGUAGUUUUUUUAACAUGAUUAUGAUAUACCAUUUUAGAAUCCUCACAAAAAGCUCUUGAAUUUGAUACCCAUAUUGCAAUAUUAGAAAAAAAAAAUUUUUUUCACCUCGAGUCUAUAGCGUCUCACAGUCGUCUUGUUAUUUUUUUUUAGUUUCAUCUAUCUAAGAACACUUGGGUAAUUGAGACAAACCUAACGAUAUCCUAAUUACGUAAAUCCGUUCAGUUGUUUGAAAGAUAUGAGGUAAUAAAGAAUAUUACAUACAUACAUACAAGAUACGCGCGAAAAACAUAACCCUUCUUGCAGUCGGGUAAAAAAUAGCAACAUAUAAAUAACUGUUUUAAACAGAUUGCCUUACAAAUUACCUCUUAUCAUAGAAUCACCCUUACAGUAAAUUAAUAUAUAAACAUAUGCGUUUUUGUAAUAUUAAAAUUUAUUUGUAAAAAUGCACGUUGCCUAAAUAAACAACAAAAUCUGGUUACGUUGCAAAAAUAAAUUAAAAGUAUCAAAUUAAUCUGUUAGUAUUGGUACCAAAUAUAUUAUUAUUACGCCGUGACCGUUGCAAUGCCUUUCACUGACGUUCGAUGCGUCCAGCCAGUCACUGAGCCGCUGGACGGCUGGCUGGGCUGGACGCAGUCGUCGGCACGCAUCGCUAAUAUGUAUAGUGUAGUAUAGAAAAAAUUCACUCUCAUAAUCGAGAGCCGUGAUAGCCCAGUGGAUAUGACCACCGCCUCCGAUUCCGGAGAGUGUGGGAUCAAAUCCGAUCCGGGGCAUGCACCUCCAAAUACCUGAGAAUUUUCUUAAUUAUCUGCGCGUGGGAAGUCUGCCAGUCCGCAUUGGGCCAGCGUGGUGGACUAUUUGGCCUAGUCCCUCUCAUACUGAGAGGAGACUCGAGCUCAGCAGUGAGCCGAGUAUUGGUUGAUAAUGAUGAUGACGAAUGAUGAUGAACCGAGAAUAUGACAUUGAAUGCCCCUCAUAGGGUGGAUUAUAAAAGAUUAUCACGUAAAGGAAGAGCAGAGUUGCUUUGCAAAAUCGCAUGACAUGAGGAGAUAAUGUUACUUGGACAAGAUAGCAAAGCUUUAAAUAUAAGUGUUUGAUGGUAUUUUUUACGAAGUUUGACCUUAAAGUAUUACCGCGUACGUCACACUCGCGUCAUUCCUAGUUAUAGAAAUCUGUGUCAUGUAGGUAUGUAUCUACUUUUGGUGAUAUAAAUGUUUCCUAUUUUUAACAUUAACAAUCAUAAUAAAAUUAUUAGUGUUUUAUUGCAAUAAAAAAUAAUGUCAUGUACCCAUUUUCACCUUUAACCCCCCCACUUGCUAUCGAAAUACGAUUACUGCCUUGAUAUAAUAUGUUAUUUACGAUUAGAUGACGGAUUGUUUAGAAGUUUUCGUUCAAUAACUGUAAUGGUAAGAUCUUUUUUGUUUUUUUUUCUUUAUUUUAGUUAUAGCAUAUAAUAUUAUAUAUUACCAAUGUAUGCGGGACUGAGCUGCAAAUGAUUAAUGAAAAUACAUUAGAGAUAUUUUAUUAAAAGUGUUUCUAAUUAGGUCUUGAUAUUAUAUUAUGUACAUGUGUAAAUCUUUCAUAUCAUUGCGAUUCGGUGUGUUAAACAAGCGAACACAAUGUAACGAAAAAGUUGACAUAUACGGUUCGCAAUCAUUUGAGAUUUGUGUAUUACCACUGUUAUUAAUUGUCUUAACUAAUAUCGGGCCGGACGAGCAUAAUAAAUUUAUAAACGAAAAAAUAUUCUAGUUCUUAUACAGAAUCAUGAUACAUAUUUCUUAUUUCUCUUAAAUUACUAAUGAUUUAAUUAUUCGAGUAACAAACGAUCCAAAAAAAAAGCUAUAUUUUCAAAUUAAGAAGUUUUAUUAUUAAAACAAUGUGAAAGACCAAUGUCUGAAGAAGUUUUGUUAUAGUUUUCAGAUUUUUUAGCGAUAUAAGUCGGAACUCGUUUAACGAUUUACAUGAUGCUUAAGUAUGCGCCCACGUGCCUCUUAAGCAAGAAAAUACGCAAUUUAAUAGGGUUUUAUAAAUAAAAUAAAUAUUCUAUAUAAAAUAUUUUAUAGGUACAUUAUAAUUAUUAAAUAUGAGUACAUGAACAUUAAAACGAGUAUAUAGCACGGGUGCUAUGUAGAUACUAACAUGGGGCAGUGUUGAGUAAUUAAUAUUAGUAUAUAUAUAUAUAUAUACUAGAGGAUAACUUAUUUGUACACCCCGCGCCCGACGACCGCUGCCAACCGAGUAAAAACAUACGGCUUCCAAAGUGCCUCUGCUUUUUAAUAUGUACAUAUUAGAUAAAACUUACAUGUACAUUGCACAUAAUAUAGGAUACAUAUACCGAUACGCAUUAGAACUUAUUUAAUAGGGGAUAUAUAUAACUAGCACCCGCCACGGCUUCGCAUGGGGGCUAUGUAGAUACUAACAUGGGGCAUUGUUGUAUGAUUAAUAUUAAUAUGAUUAUUCUAUACCAGUGCCUCCGCCUUUUUAAUAUCUUAUAUAUUUCUGUACUUUAUGUAAAUUGUAUAUACUUAUUAUACAUAUAAACUUUCCUGUUGAAUCACUCUAUCUAUAACUGUAUUAAAAUCCAUUGAAUAGUUCAAAAUAUCUAAGCGAACAUCCAACGGAAAGACUUCAUUUUAUACUAUGUAAUGAAUGAUCAUGUUAAUGAAGUAUAGAUUCUAUAUAAAGUAUUUUAUCCGUUUUUUUUACUCUGAAAUAUCUAUUACGCUUUUUAUUUUCAUUUUUUAUGUUCCUUAAUACAAAAAUUAUAAUAUACCAGCCCUCCUUUUAUAUUUCGCCCGGGGCAUUUGAGUACGCAAGCAACUAGUCUGGUGUGAGGAAUCUACUCACAAUACGCGCCGUCUCAAGUAUCCGCGCCGUAGUAAGUAUGUGUCCUGUAUCCGAUCCUUGAUCCAACAGUCGAGCGAAAGUUUCAUAAGGUUUUAAUUUAUGAUCUUUGGCUGAAACGGCUAUAGGAAAAUAUCAGCCAUUGCUAAAUGUUUGAGUGAUCACAACAAUUUAUUAUUUUAUUAAAUUCAUUAAUAUUUCGCCUUUUGAUUAAUUAAAAUUGUAAAAUUAUAAUAUUUAUAUGUUUAUAUUCAUGUUUUGUAUAUCGUUGUGUAUCUGUAUUUUCUUGAUUAAAAGCUACGCGCACGGCUCAGCAUCAUGUAAAUCAUUGAAUAACUUCUUAAUUACUUCGCCAAAAAAACUGAAAAUAAUCACAAAGCUUCUUCAAACAUUGGUCUUCUAUAUUCUUUUAAAUAAUUUAAGAAAUUCAAAAGUUCGUAACACAACUUUUUAAUUUGAAAGGUAAGCACACCGUUUUAUAUAUUUUUUUCUUCAACAUUCGCCAUUUUGUAUUUUAUCAACAUUAAAAGAUUUACUUAAUCUCAUUCGUCGUAGAAUUACUUUAAGUAUCUUGUCUUGAAAUUACAGGUCGAAAUAUUUAAAACGACCUAAGAAAUCGUGAGUUGAAGUUGAAAUUUUAUUAAAUUUGAAAACCAGAAAUUUAGGCAUUUUCGUCGUUAAUUUGUCCGGUAGUCUAAUCCAAUUAUCCAAAAAUAUAUAUAUUACAUCGUGUGUAGUUACAAUAAUCAUUUUGUUGCCAAUUAUGCAAAGUAGUUUAAAAGUUAGGGGUAGAGUUUAUGUAUCUACUUAUAGAUUUUGGUCGAUAUCCGCCUCACCUAUUACUCUUGCUGCAAGUUAUGGACCGUUCCUCUUCCCCCCGCUAUAACUAUACUCAGAGGCACAAUUAUCCACCCACUUUAAUAUGACGCGAGUAUAUUAAAGUGGGCGGAUAAUUGUGUGGCGAACGUAAAGAUCAAUGUUCAAAUCAAAAUAUUAUUUACUUUAAAUACCAAAAGCGAUAAAUAUACUAAAAUUUGCGAAAACAAAGCGCUGGAAUAAAAUUCGACACGUGUUUCAUAGUUGAUUCGCAUCACUCUAAUGGACAAGCCAAUCGGAAUGAACGAAUGGAUGAGCGGCGAUCUCUCAGCUUGCUAACGCUGCCAGGCCUGCCUGUACUUACAUUAAAUUAAGAUGAUACCGGAAUACCCACUGAAAGAGAGAUCGGACACAAGUGAGGGACACAGCGAGAUGCUUAAGUUAUUUUUUUAAUUAUAACUUUUUCUCUUUUUUUUUCUUUUUCCUUAUAUUAAACGAAUUGAGCACAUAAGUACACGUUUAAAACUAAACCUGUUAGCGAUGAAGACAUUGUUUAAAGAUAAGUUGUCAUUCGAGAAAUUAUUAUUUAAGUUAACAUUAUAUACAUAAGUCGUAGACACGUCAUUUCUCAAAUGAAUGCGACAUUUAUAGUGCAUACAGUUUUAUAAUCGUGACGAAAAGAAAGAAUUAAUUGAACUUUUUUUCGACUUUUCAUUAAUAUGCAACUUUAAUUGCAGUUAUCUGGACUAACUAACUGUGUUAUUUUUAUUUAUCAUUUCAGUACAUGAGUAAUUUUAUAAGCUACGUCACCGUGUGAGCGAAGAGAGGUUCAUAAGUUUCAUGACGUCAUGUUUUUAUCUAAAGUAUAAUUUAUUCAAGCGAAAACUUGGCCUUUUAACUAAAACCUAUAAAAUUGUAUUACAAAAACUGUACUGAAAUUUCAUUUAACAUUCAUAGUUCAGUAUUCAUGGUAUCUAAUAAUUAUUAUUUAAAUAAUAAUUACUAGAUAUUACGUAAUCGAUUUAUUACAAUAGUAAUAGAAUUCAUACUGCAUUAUUAUAUAAAAAAUAAUUACUUAGGAUAUUGGAUGGUUUUGUAUAUUAUAUGUUAUUUAAAUAGUAUAUUAACUCAUCAAUUUAUCUAUUACACUUUUUUCAAAAGCGUUUUAAUAAUGCCUCUCAAAUGAAUGCGACAUCCGUAAUUUCGGAUAUAAAAUAACUUGUACUUAGAUAUGCUUAUAUAUGGUAUUAUUUAAUACAUCGAACUUUUUUAAAUUCAUAUUUUAUAGGUUUAAUUGUUAUUUUUUUUAAUACUAAAUUCAGUUGUCUACGCUAUCUAUCAAUGGAUCUGAAGCCUUUUUAUUUUAAGAAUUUGGCAUAGUGCAUGAAAAACAACAUUCCUUUAACAAAACCUUAAUAAUAAUUUUAAAAUAAUUUGCUUUGCGUUUGUGAGACAGUAAAUUAAGUUUCUGUUUAUAGUACACUCACUAGUUUUAAAUCCUUGAAUAUAAUAUAAUAGUUUUGAUAUAUUGUAUGACAGAUACGAGCAAAACCAGUUGCACCAAUAACAGCUAUACUGAAGUGCCAUCUAGCGGUAUUUCUGUAUACGGAGUUUUUAAAAUACUGGAUAAAAUUUCUUAAACGAAAAGAAUGAAAUGGUUAUUAUUGUUAUCAGUAAAACCCUGUGUUUGGUCUCAUCAAAAAUUUAUUUUGUUUAUUUUAAAGUUAUUUUUAAGAAAUGAUUUAAUUAAAUAUGGUAACAUUUUUCUAUAAUGACUAUUUGUUUCAAAGUUGUGAUUUACAACAAAUAUUAAGGAGACAGUGAGAGAAAUCGCUUUUGAAAAAAAACUAAUAGUUAUUGUAAACGCCUGAUGUAAUUGUAUCGGAAUUUGAUUAAUAAAUAUUCUUUUCAACUUGGUGGUGUCAUGUAUUUUGUAUUUUAUGGGAUAUGAUGUAAUGGGAAACGCCAUUUGUGCAUAAAUCUGUAGGGCUUUUUUUUACAGUAGAUCAUUUAAAUUAAAUUUAACGUAUGGUAUUGUUGUUAUAUUAAACUAUUAUGCUAUAUUGUAUCGUUUUCUGAAAUAAAUUAAUUUAUUUGGAAUGUA